AUGCUCGCCGCUGCUCAAGUCAAGCACCUCGGGCGGGCCGCUAUACAGCGCUAUAAGAAGCUCAAUACGUACUCUAAGCUAUUCGUCUGGGGAACUUUCUUCCUCUACCUCUCCCUGGCCUUCACCGUCAUCUACAUCGGUCCGGACCGCAUCGGUCAGGCCCUCUACAACACUGCGCAGAAGAUCAGCCAUUACCGCUUCGGUUGGCUCAUCUUAUUCGGACUGUUCUUUGUGGUAUCGUUCCCGCCGGGGGUGGGCCACACCACACUCAUCACACUAUGCGGGUACGCGUAUGGCAUGAAGGGCUUCCCCAUCGCUGCUGCCGGGUCCCUGUUCGGCUCGGCCUUCACGUUUGUCGUGUUGCGCCUUCUGUUUAGCAGGAGGCUACGAGCUUGGUCCCAGUCAAGCGAGAAGUGGCAGGCUCUGGAGACCGUGAUCGCUAGCAAGGGCUUGCCUCUGAUUAUGCUCAUCCGGGCGUCGCCGUUCCCUCCCUGGGUGUACUCGAACACGCUCUUCGCCUCGAUACACUCCGUGGCGCUUUGGCAGUUCUUCAUGGCGACAUUCGUGGUCUUCCCAAAGAUCGCGAUCUUCGUGCUUGUCGGCUCACGCCUUGCCUCUCUUUCCGACGGCGAGCAGCGGUCGCAUAUGGACACGACAACGAAGAUCCUGAACAUCUCCAUCUCCGUCGGAGGUGUUUUGAUCACUGCUCUCGCGAGCUGGGUCAUAUACCGCGCCAUGCGCAAGGAGAUCUUGCACCUGCAGGGCGUGCCGCCGGAGACCGACGAGCUCGCCGUAGAAGCUAUCGAGGAGGCCGAGGAGGGCGCGCCGCUCCUCGGUCCUCACCGUGCAUCCAGAGACAGGUACGAUGGUUCAUCUGCCUGA